AUGGGAAGAAAUAAGAUCAACAUCAAGAAAAUAAACAACAAGAACUACCUCAAGGCCACCUUCUCAAAGCGGCGCAAGGGUCUCUUCCGCAAAGCCACUGAUCUGUGCUGCUUGUCGGGUGCACAGAUUGCGAUUAUUACCUUUUCACCUGGUAACAAGCCCUUCCUCUUUGGAAACCCCUCCGCCAAAGCUGUCCUAGAUCGAUUUCUUGGUGAACAAGAUUCAUGUACAUCUAAUGAUCAUGAUGAGGAGGGCCUUGGAUCCACUCCUGAAGACAGUGAUCAUGAACAUUUAGAAGCAUCGCAAGAAGGGAGUAAUGAAAUUGAGGAUGUUAUGGAUGAGGACAGAGUCAAUUUUUGGUGGGAUGAGCCUAUUGAUGAUGAAUUGGGGAUAUAUGAACUUCAAAAAUAUAAGGGUUUGCUAGAAGCUUUGAAAGAGAAUGUGGCUAGUAAGUUAGAUGAUAUGAAUAGGAGAGAAUUUUACACCAAGGAUUUUUUGAGUAUGUUUUGUAUUUCAUGGAUUGGUUCUACUACUUGCCAAGAAGAUCUAUGCCAUACUUUUUUGGCUUCUUCUUGAAGCCAUAG